GCGAACGUGGCUGGAGCAGGUGUCGACUCGGAGUCAUCGCCGACUCGAUAGGAGGCACCUAGUGGGGUUGGACUGUAUCGUCCAUAGAAGUCGAUAUGGGUGACUGCUUAUCGCCAGCACAGUUCAAAUCGCGAUGAAAUGUCAAGCAGGAGAUUAUCGAAGAUUCCGGAUGCUCGUCAGUGCACACACAAUAACGAUGUUCAAGAGCGUGCAUUCAGAUAAGUACUGGCCCCGCUGAAUACUUAUCGAUUUUAGUGGCAGUGUCCAUUGAGUUGUCAGAGAGAUAAGAUAAGAUCAGAUCAUUCCUUAAACUUUGGCUGAGGUUGAUCAACACUUCAUUCGAGUACCCGGGCGCUUGAAAGCUCAGUGAUGACCGAGAGCUGACGUUUUUAGACCUCCGAGCGAAC